AUGACAUGUAUAUUGCCAACGUUUUCAGAGUCCAUUAUUCCAGCAACAUUAAAAUGCGAUGCAGAUCUGUCACCGGACGGUUUAGUAGGUAACAUCGAGUCCAAUCCAACAUUAGCCGAACGUUAUCAUGUUUGCGGCGCAGCAACGCUUGUUACGGUAAAAGAAAAGUCUACAGUGCCAUUCCGCAUUAUUAACGAUACAUCGCAGCCUGUAACUAUUUAUCGCUGCACUAACCUAGGUCAGUUUCCUUCAUAUGAAGAACCGUUAGUUGUCACUGUUAUCGAUACAAGGACUAUACCAGAGGAUAAACCUCAACGUACUAGCUUACUGCUUGAGUCAAUAGAUCAUAGUAAUUCCGACCUUGAUGAUAAACAACAAGCACAAUUACGUCAGCUAUUGUGAGAUAACCAUGACGUAUUUGCAAUCACUGAUGAUGAACUAGGCCAAACCUCACUGGUAGAGUACCAUAUCGACACUGGCGAUUCUCGACCAAACUAUCGACAACCAUAUCGUGUUUCACCUUCAGUAAGGAAUAUUAUCGACAAUCAUGUACAAAAAAUGCUUGAUCAAGGUAUUAUUCAGCCUUCAGUAAGCCUCGCUGCUGCUCCCGUCGUUUUAGUUAAAAAAAAGGCUGGCACCGUUUCUGUGUCGACUAUCGGCAGUUAAAUAAAUCACUAGGUGGGAUUCUCAUCCAAUUCCUCACGUACUAGACACUCUUGAUUGUUUACAUGGUACUUCGUAUUUUUCCUGCCUUGACCUGCAAUCAGGCUAUUGGCGAGUCGAAGUAGAUGACGAAUCGAAACCAAAAACAGCUUUUGUAACACGUAGUGGCUUAUAUGAGCUUUGUCGAAUGCUCUUUGGAUUAGUAAACGCCCAUUCUACAUCCAACGUCUUAUGCAUGCCGUUUUACGUGGUCUUCAAUACCAUAUUUGCUUAGUCUAUUUGGAUGAAAUUAUAAUUUACUCGCGCUCAUUUGAUGAUCAUUUAAACCCUCUAAAUGAUGUUUUUAAUAGGCUCCGUUCUACAGUUGUUAAACUCAAGUCUAGCAGGUGCUCAUUUGCGCCCUCUCGUGUUGAAUAUCUUGCACAUGUUGUCUCACGCGAUGGUAUCCGACCAGAUCCUAGUAAAAUUGCGGCUGUAAAAGACGUCCCAGUCCCUGAAUGUGUUCGGGACGUCAGAAGAUUUUUAGGUUCAGCAAACUAUUACCGUAGAUUCAUAAGAAACUUCGCAUCCAUAGUAUCGCCAUUAAAUAAUCUUAGGCAUUAGAAAGUACUUUUUUAUUGGGACUAGUCUUGCGACAAAGCGUUUAACACCUUAAAAUAUUGUCUUGCGUCAGCACCAAUUUUGGCUUACCCUGAUUUUAUUGUGCCAUUCGAGUUAAAAAGUACCAACGCUUCAUCGAAUGGCAUUGGUAUUGCGCUGUGCCAAACCCAAGACGGCCAAAGUCGUGCUAUCGUAUACGGCGGCCGUGAUUUAACCACAGCAGAACGUAAAUACAGUACAACUGAACGAGAAGCACUAGGUAUCUCCGAAGGAAUGAAGAAAUUUCGGAACUAA